CGUCACGACUUCCGGGCGCCGGGGCCGCCAUCUUGCUGGUGCGGAAGCGGCGCGGCCGGGUGGGAGUCCCGAAGCGGCCGUCGCGGGCGGUGGGGCCGCCGCCAUGCCGUCGUCGCCGCUGCGGGUGGCGGUGGUGUGCUCGAGCAACCAGAACCGGAGCAUGGAGGCGCACAACAUCCUCAGCAAACGAGGAUUCAGCGUCCGGUCCUUUGGAACAGGAACUCACGUGAAGCUUCCAGGACCAGCACCCGACAAGCCAAACGUUUACGAUUUCAAAACCACAUACGACCAGAUGUACAACGAUCUCCUUAGGAAAGACAAAGAACUCUACACGCAGAACGGCAUCCUGCACAUGCUGGACAGAAAUAAGAGGAUCAAGCCCCGGCCGGAGAGGUUCCAGAACUGCAAAGACCUGUUUGAUCUGAUCCUCACCUGCGAGGAGCGCGUGUACGACCAGGUGGUGGAAGAUCUGAACUCCAGGGAGCAGGAGACCUGCCAGCCUGUGCACGUGAUCAACGUGGACAUUCAGGACAACCACGAGGAGGCCACGCUGGGCGCCUUCCUCAUCUGUGAGCUGUGCCAGUGUAUCCAGCACACGGAGGACAUGGAGAACGAGAUCGACGAGCUGCUGCAGGAGUUCGAGGAGAAGAGCGGCAGGACCUUCCUGCACACCGUCUGCUUCUACUGAUGCCUCCCGCCGAAGCCAUCUUUCUGAGCUUCCUUUUGUUAAUACUUCUUCCUUCCUGAUGUUUGUUUUUGCCUUUAGGUAUUCUGCCAGUGGACGGUAGUGGUACCCAAAUAAACUGUACAUAGGAAACAGGAGGAUACACAUGAAUGACAGAUUACAAUCACGUCGUUCCCAUCCCGCUUUCACUUACGUGUGGGAUGUGGAUUGUAAAGUUUUUUUUCUUUGACCAAAAAAGAAAAAAGUGGUUGAUAGCACAUUUCCCCCCAGACAUCUGCCUCUCACUGAGCGGCCCUUUCCCCUCACCCCGAACUGGCUGCAAUGUACAAAUCCCUGAAUAAAGCAACAGACUGUGCUUUUUGGGAAAGAACCUGCCAUUGUCCAAUAAAUAGAUGUUGCUGGUCA